GCCGGGCCGUGAUGUCAGCGGGGCCGGGCCGCGGCGGGAGCGCGGGCACCGGGACGGGGCUGAGCAGCGGCAGCGGGACCUGACCCCAGCCCGGCCCCGGCAGGCAGUGCCCGCCAGCCAGCAGCCAUGGAGGAGAGCCCGGAGUGGGGCACGCUGAGCCCCGAGGAGUUCGCCCACCUCCAGAAGUACCUGGACUACAGCAGCAAGAAGGUGCAGGACGUGCUGCAGGACUUCUACGGCGACGGGGCCCUGUCCCAGCACCUGCAGGGAGAGUGCGUGGACUUCGAGGGCUUCAGGCUGUUCCUGCAGAGCUACCUGGAGGCGACCGAUGUCCCCGAGACGCUGUGCCGCCAUCUCUUCAUGUCCUUCCAGAGCACGGCCCCUGGGCAGCCGGGCAGUGGCCUCGUCUGCGUUAACGAUGUCUCCUGCUACUUCUCGCUGCUGGAGGGCGGGCGCCCCGAGGACAAGCUGGAGUUCACCUUCAAGCUCUAUGACAAGGAUGGGAACGGGCUCCUGGACAGCUCAGAGGUGGAGCGGAUCAUCACCCAGAUGAUGCGGGUGGCCCAGUACCUGGACUGGGACGUCACGGAGCUGAAGCCGAUCCUGCAGGAGAUGAUGCGGGAGAUCGACUACGACGGCAGCGGGACGGUGUCGCUGGCCGAGUGGCUGCGCGGCGGCGUCACCAACAUCCCGCUGCUGGUGCUGCUGGGCCUGGAGGUGCACAUGAAGGACGACGGGCAGCACAUGUGGCGCCUGAAGCACUUCAACCGCCCCGUGUACUGCAACGUGUGCGAGACGCUGCUGGUCGGGCUGCGCAAGCAGGGGCUGUGCUGCACCUUCUGCAAGUUCACGGUCCACGAGCGCUGCGCCCGCAAGGCGCCCCCCAGCUGCAUCAGCACCUACGCCAAGUCCCGCAAGGAGGCCGGCGUCCAGGCCCACGUCUGGGUGAAGGGUGGCUGCGAGGCCAGCAAGUGCGGCCGGUGCCAGAAGAAGAUCCGAAGCUUCCAGAGCCUGACGGGGCUGCACUGCGUCUGGUGCCACCUCAAGAUCCACGAGGAGUGCCUGGCCGCCGUGCCCCCCGCCUGCGACUGCGGGCUGCUGCGGGACCACAUCCUGCCCCCCUCUGCCAUCUACCCCGUGGUGUUGGAGCGGCAGAACAGCCAGAAGGAUGGGAGCGGGACGUCGGGAGAGGAGGGACCCCAGGUCUUCACCACCCCUGAGGGACAGGCGCUGCGGGUCAGCCCCGUGCCCGACACCCACCCGCUCCUUGUCUUCGUCAACCCCAAGAGCGGAGGGAAGCAGGGGGAGAGGGUGCUCCGUAAGCUCCAGUACCUGCUGAACCCGCGGCAGGUCUACAACCUGCAGCAAGGAGGACCCAACCCCGGCCUCAAUUUCUUCCGGGACGUGCCAGAUUUCCGCAUCCUGGUGUGCGGCGGGGAUGGCACCGUGGGCUGGAUCCUGGAUGCCAUUGACAAGGCCAACCUGCCCCGGCGGCCCCCCGUGGCCGUGCUGCCCCUGGGGACCGGCAACGACCUGGCCCGGUGCCUGCGCUGGGGCGGAGGCUAUGACGGGGAGAACCUGGUGAAGAUCCUGAAGGACAUCGAGGGCAGCAGCGUGGUGCAGAUGGACCGCUGGCACCUGCGGGUGCUGCCCACCAGCCCCGCCGAGGCGGGCGACCCGGUGCCCUACGAGAUCAUCAACAACUACUUCUCCAUCGGGGUGGACGCCUCCAUCGCGCACCGCUUCCACAUCAUGCGGGAGAAGUACCCCGAGAAGUUCAACAGCAGGAUGAAGAACAAGCUGUGGUACCUGGAAUUCGCCACCUCCGAGACCCUCUUCGCCACCUGCAAGAAGCUCAAGGAGUGCCUGAGCAUCGAGUGCUGCGGGACCCCCCUGGAGCUGCGGGGAGUGCUGGCGGGGGUGGCGGUGCUCAACAUCCCCAGCAUGCACGGAGGCUCCAACCUCUGGGGCGAGACCAAGCGGCCGCUGGGCGAGGCGAGGCGGGCGCCCGGUGCCGAGCAGCCCCCGGCCAUCACCGACGCCGAGACCCUCAAGACCUGCGUGCAGGACCUGAGCGACCAGCGGCUGGAGGUGGUGGGGCUGGAGGGAGUGCUGGAGAUGGGGCAGAUCUACACCGGGCUGAAGAGCGCGGGCACGCGGCUGGCCAAGUGCUCCGAGAUCACCCUGCGGACGCUGAAGCCCCUCCCCAUGCAGAUCGAUGGAGAGCCCUGGAUGCAGCCACCCUGCACCAUCAAGAUCACCCACAAGAACCAGGCGCCAAUGCUGAUGGCCCCCCCACCGCGCUCCUCCAGCUUCUUCGGCCUCAAGAAGGGCCCCGUGGAGGCCUGAGGGGGCCGGAGCCCCCCCCUCCACCUCCUGCGGUGUGCCCCAGGCAGGGGCCAUGGACCAAAGGCCUGACCAGGGGCAGGCACCAUGCUGUCCCCCCCCCCCAUAUUGCACGCACGGGGUGCUCUGGGGUGGGGGCAGCUGGACGGACCCCCCAGGGGCAGUGGGAGGGGGGCUGCACCAUGCCCCCCCCCAACAUCCCUGUGCACCGCCCCAGCUGGAGCCCCCACCCUGCUGGGCUCCCCCCGUGCCCUAUUUAUUACCCCCCCCCCCCGCAUUUCAAGUGCCUCUUGCAGUAAUAAAGCCGGCGGCGAGACGGGCGCUGGGCUAUGCCUCUCCUGGGGGGCUCAGCCCUGGCCCCCCUGCCCCCCCCCAUGCAACCAGAC